AUGGCGGAGGCUUUUGUAGGCAAAUGGAAACCAGACAAUAGUUCCAUGGCAGGGGCGCAAGAAUACUUUGCAGCACUGGGUCAACCGGAACUGCUCAAGGAAUACGAAGGGGUCACGGAAACGGAAGUGACCUUAAAUGGAAAUACCUUCACCUUUGUAACCAGGUUCGAGAAUAAAGACCCUAGGACGGACACUUUCCGUCUUGGGGAGUCAGAUGAAGUGUCCACACCUGGAGGUCCUACUUUGGUGUCUAAAAAUAGACUGGAAGAUGGCCGAUUUAUCUCCGACCUGUACUUGGGAGACAAACUGUUGGUCAACUGUGUCCGAGUUGUCCAGGACGGGCUUUUGAAAUAUGAGUUCACGGCCAACGGAAAGACUAUGACCUUCACCUCCACCAAACUCUAA